CGAUCCGAUCCAAUCCAAUCGAGCGGGCCCUGGAAUUGCGUUGUUAUGCAGCAGAAGCAACACCAUAGUGAUCUUUAGGGACAGGAAGAAAAAAAAGAAGGAAAAAAAAGGACGGACUAUUUCCUUAGUCUAUCGGUGCUGGAUUUUGGUCGAACAGAUCUGUUCGUUUGUCAAAAAUCCUCCCAAUCGAAAAAGUGAAGAAAUCAGAGUUCUUCGCCUCGCCGCCUGCUGGAUUGGAAGCUCUUGAUUUGAUUUCUUGGCUUGAUUUGUUAUCUUUCCAAAACUUUUAACAAACACAACMGCCCGAAUGUUUUUUGUGUGCGAGCGACAAGGCGAUCACUACAGCACGCCGCCGAAAAGCGAGAAGUCAUCGAGGAAUGGCAACCUCAACAACAAUGAUUCAGAGACAGGCAUUGGCAUGGUCGAUACCAAUGACGGCAACGAACACGAAACUGGCGAUAAAGUGGUAGGAAUGGCAAGAGCAAACAAAGAGGACGACAAGCAUCAUCAUCAUCAUCAUCAGCAGCAGCAGCAACCAUCACCGCCGUGCAGGACCCGUCGCCGGCAGAAAAGCGGCAGCCCUUCGAGGAAACCGUGGGCGAAGAAGAAAACCACUCCUACGGCUAUACCCCCUGCCACGGUAAAGAAAUCAAAGAGGCAGGCCGAGCGAAUGGCUCGAAAACUACGCACCGAGCGAGUGCAGCAGGAGAAUGACGGGCAUGGAAGCGACGGCGGCGACGACGAAAACAAAGCAAAGCAAAACGAGGGCUGCUAUCACCGGUCGCCAUCCAGAAAGAGGUCGAGACCCACUACCGCCCAACCAAACACCCAAGGAUCCGAAACCAUACACGACGCGAACGCGGAUGCGUCUACCCCCAACGCGACAGUAUCUCCGUCGCCACCGCCACCCUCCCCCGUUCCGAACCCGAAUUCGGUCGCCAACAAACAUCCCCGCAACGGCCACAACGAGAUUGGCAACGACAACCACGACGACGACACCGACGGAAGAAACCACAAGCACAACGRCCGGCAGCASGUUCCGAAGACYCCCCCUCCCGUUUCUCCUCGCAAACGAAAAACAAGCAACAAGAAAGCAAAGCGAAUUGCCAYCGAUUCGUCGUCGUCGGCCCCACCACCUGAUUCGUUCAAACCAUCAAAAUCGCCACACAAAAGGRGGGGCAUUUCCUCGGGCAGCAAGGUUKUUCCAGCGCCAGUCUCUUCCGCAAAGAGAGAAACGCCAGAAACGAGAAGAAAACUACCCGGCGGCGAAGCAACAUCCCACAAACCACUAGAAGGACGAGACCWCAAUGAUUGUACAAGCGACAAUCCAAACGGAAUCCGCAACGAAAGAAAGGUUGCCGUCGCGGGCAGCCGCAGSAACAACUCGUCCCACAGCGGCAAAAGGAAGCGACAGCACCAGGGCAGCAGCGGCAGCAAAAUCGUGUACAGGGCCACGGCCUGCCCCGAACGACCCGUUUGUGGAUACGCGCUCGAGCUCAUUUCGCUGGUCUGCAACAAUGCCUACUGCGUCGCCAGCAAAAAGCACCACGACCACGAAACCAAGAAGGCCAGGGCCGGCKACCACCGAAAMGAAACCGAAAGGGCCGAAGAACACCAAGACGCCCGUGCGCCUCCCCUCCCGCUGCAGCCCCACCGAGUCCUGGACACGCCCGCCGGGGGCUAUGCCCCCGCCACGGAACCCCACAAGGAACGCCUCAUGAGGCUGCAGCUUCGGCAGCGCUUUGCGUCGGCCUCGAACGCGGGCAUGUCCCCCAUCGAGUUUGCCCGGAAGCUCCUCCGGCUGUGGGGGGGCACCCUGGAGCCGGUCGCCCCGGAAAGGGUGGUGGUUUCKCCGAACCAAGCAACCACCACACCCAGCACGGAGACUCCUGCCCCCGGCGUGGCGGUGUCCGGGAAGGCACCCGGCAAGAGCAGCAAGAACGACGACGACGCCRCCCGGGGUAGCACCGGUGGUGGGAGCAGUUGCGCGRCGGCAACAAAGAACUCCGGCCAACCGAUCGCUGCCCACAAGAAGCGGCGUCGCCAGGAAAGUCCCAAUGGCCGUUCCCCGCCGCCUCCGGUUGUUCCCCAACCCAACAGCUCCGCAGACCCUUCGAAAGGGCCUCCCGCUUCUGCUGCUGGAAAUCCUUCUCCCGCUCUUGUCGACGCUUGYUGCGAGAAAAKGGAKUCGGAUCUCCAUCACSCAGAGGAUGCCAAAACGCCGCCUCCGGCACCCCUCGGUCAAAGGGAARGAGCUGGGRAAAACAGUGGGGGUGCCGACAGGACACCGCGGGCCCCCAUCGAAAGCACCAAGCAAGAACGUCGAACCGACAGGACACCGAAGGCCCCCGUUCCCGCGGGAUCGGCCGACCGGGGAGACGGCGAAGCGUCCRCCGAUCGUACCGAAACGAAGAAGGCGAAAGGCCGGAUCAACCCGSGCAGAAUCCUGGACGACCCAAACCUCCCAGUCGUGCUYGUCAUGCGGCUGACCAACCCCGUYGACGAUCUCUACCUCAGCGCCCUCCAUUGCUUYGUCCGUUCCAAGUUGCUCGAAGUAUUCGUUAUCGACAGACCAGAGAGCGGUGGCGGGCAAAACGCGGGCGAUGACGACAACKUCGAUAUAUUUCCCAACAGCAUUGUCGGCAUCCGCUGUUCUGCGUGCGGCCGGCUCCCGAGGGGGGACARGGGAGCGAACCGGCCCAUGGCGUCCUUUUUCCCCGGGAGCGUCGACGAGAUCUACCACAUGGUGUGUGCCUGGCAGAGGCGGCACUUUCCCGUCUGCGAACACGUGCCGGAGGACCACCGGUCGGAAUACAAGAGGCUCCGGGAAGUCCGUCCGGYCCGCCGCAGCAGAAAGGCCCACUGGGCCUAUGCGGCCUACCACCUGGGCCUGCGCGACAUCGACGACGACCGCGGCGGCCUGACCUUCCGGCCCCGUAAACCCGUCCCGCCCGGAGCUUGCCCCCUUUACGACCRGGAACGGAGGYAUUUUGAGCGGRAACCGCACAACGUUGUCCAACCCAGGGGGAGACGGCCGAUGCCUCCGAGAGACGAGAACCAAGGAGCGAAAUGAAUCGCGUCGACGGURGUGGAUUGCGGCAUUCCGUCUUGUUGGAAGAAUAGCAAUAGUAGUAAAAUAGUAAGCGCAACAGCUACGAGCCUAUUCUAGUAAUASUAAGGAAAUAGUAAGCGCAACAGCUACGAGCUUCUAAUAUUUGGAUAUGAACGUACGAUACGUACUACGCAUGCGAAAGUGUUCAACGUAUCUGCGGUAUGUCUAUGGUCUAUGAUGCAAAAUGGUAUGAGCAUAUGUAAUAUGUAUGUACAUACCUUUAUAUGAACUAUGAACAUACCUGUAGAAUGAAUUAUCACUCUUUUCAUAAUGGAAUGCAAUAAUAAGAUGACCAAACU